AACCCUGCAGUCACUCUGGCCAUGGUGAUCCUGAGGAGGCUGCCACUGAUGAAGUUUCCUUUGUAUGUGGCGGCACAGUUCCUGGGUGCUUUCGCUGGAGCCUCUGUCUUCUAUGGGUUGUACUAUGAUGUGUUGGUGGCAUAUACCAAUGGAGUAUUUGCUGUUACUGGUGCCAAUGCCACAGCCCACAUCUUUGCAUCUUGUCCUUCCGAAUAUACUUCAGUCCUAAAUGGGUUUUUGAAUCAGGUAAUUGGCACAGCCGCUCUGAUCGUGGGCAUCCUGGCCUUCAUUGGCGAGAACAACAACAGCAAUCCAAAAGGCCUGCAACCUCUGGCCAUCAGCCUGAUCAUCAUAGCCAUCACAGUGUCCAUGGGUCUGAACAGCUAUACCCUCAACCCAGCUCAAGACCUCAGCCCACAGCUCUUCGCGGCUGUGGCUGGCUGGGGCCUGUAUGUGUUCAGAGCUGGAGAUUACGAGUUUUGGAUCCAGUUGACAGGGCCCAUGGUGGGUGCAGCACUUGGAGAUGGUAUUUACGCUCUCUUCAUUGAGUGGAGCCACACUGAGCCAGUUAUACGAGAGCAGAGAACUACUUCCAGGACACUGUUUGAAAUGAUCACCAUGAUUUAAACCUGGAGGAGACGACAAAAAUGUUCAUCUAAAUGAAGCAGUUUUUUAGAAAGCAUGUUGUA